ACCAACAUUCAAUUCAUUCUUUCUCUUUAGUAAAUGGCGGACAUUAAAUUUUGUAACUAAAAAGACGUGGAAUUCGAUUAUUUAUAUGAAUAUAUUGCUACAAAACAUAUUUUGAAAUGGAACUAACACGCACAACUCUUGGAAUUGCAGUUGGCCUAGCCGGAACUCUUUUCUUAGGGUAUUGUGUGUAUUUUGAUCAGCAACGCAGAAAGGAUCCCCUUUACAAAAAGAAAUUGAGAGAACGCAGACAAAAGGCACAACAAAAUGAGUCACGAUCGCGCACAAUGGGCGGCCCGCUACCAGACACAAAUGAUCAUGAAGCCAUGCAACGUUUCUUCCUACAACAGAUCCAACUUGGUGAAGAGUUGUUGGCAGCUGGUGACCUGGAAGCGGGUGUUGAGCAUCUCGGCCAAGCCGUAGCUGUGUGCGGACAGACGCAGCAGUUGCUUAGCGUACUCCAACAAACAAUGCCGGCGCCAAUCUUCCACCUUCUGCUCAAGAAGCUGCCCGAAGUGUCGGAGCGUCUCCGCGCGUCGAUGCGGGCGAGCGGCGGCAGCGCGCUGCAGGAGGAGGACGUCGAAUAAAUAAAUAAUAAAAUUGUUUUUAGUUUUAAUGGCCUAUCAAUUCUUUCGCUAUCUACCUUUUUCGAUUUUUAAUUAUUUAUCUGUGCUUAAUAGUUCCUGGCUGUCAAAUCUUGUCUAUUGUUUUUUUUUUUUAAUUAUGUCAGUUUUGAUUUUGGAAAUGACGUUUUGACUUUUCGAAAUUGUUAUUUCAAUUCUAUUUUUAUUUUCAUGCUUCGUUUAAUUAUUUUAUUGUUGUCACGUUUCUUUAUUUUCAACUCGAGUACAGAGGCUGUGAACGUGUACUUGAAAUUAUCGCCAUGUUUAAAUCUUCACGCGUUUUUAAUGAGAGUAAAGUUCAACGAUAAUGUAGGUAUUGUUAGUGUUAUUAAUUAGGAAUUUGUGUUCACAACUGGUUAAGAAUGCUUGAGUUUUGAUUGAGAUUUUAUUGUGAAAUAAAAGUAUUGUAAUAA